CUUUCUUAUUAAUGCUCUUGCCGGAUGGUUUUCGUGCCUUUUCCUUUGGGUCUCUGUGACCUAUGAAUUCAAAGCUUGUUCCCCAUCAUCUUUUGUUUGUUUAGAGUGGAGAUUCCAGAGGCAGAGUAGACAUGGAUCUUGAUCUAUCUCCCAAGUUGGCUCAGAAACUCUACGGUGGUGAUGGUGGAUCUUACUUCACUUGGUCCUCUUCUGAUCUUCCAAUGCUUCGUGAAGCCAACAUUGGAGCAGCCAAGCUCGCUCUUCAGAAAGAUGGUUUCGCCAUCCCUCGUUAUUCUGAUUCUUCAAAGGUCGCUUAUGUUCUUCAAGGCAAUGGUAUCGCAGGAAUUGUGCUUCCUGAAGCUGAGGAGAAGGUGAUCACAAUCAAGGAGGGUGACGCGCUCGCUCUCCCAUUCGGUGUUGUGACCUGGUGGUACAACAACCAGGACACUGAACUCGUUGUUCUGUUCCUCGGCGAUACCUCCAAAGGUCACAAAGUGGGUGAAUUCACCGAGUUCUAUCUGACUGGAUCGAAUGGAAUCUUCACUGGGUUUUCCUCCGAGCUUGUGAGCAGAGCAUGGGACUUGGAGGAAGAUAUGGUAAAGGCCCUCGUUGGGAGCCAAUCCGGCAGCGGCAUCGUGAAGUUGAAGGAAGGCGUGAGCUUGCCAGAGCCCAAGGAGGAGGACAGAGAUGGGUUGGUUCUUAACUGUUUGGAGGCUCCAUUGGAUGUUGACAUCAAGAAUGGUGGUCGUGUUGUGGUCUUGAACACUAAGAAUUUGCCUUUGGUAGGAGAGGUUGGACUUGGUGCAGAUCUUGUAAGGAUUGAUAGACAUUCUAUGUGUUCCCCUGGUUUCUCUUGCGACGCUGCCUUUCAGGUGACGUACGUGGUGAGGGGGAGUGGCCGUGUUCAGGUCGUCGGUGUUGAUGGUCGCCGUGUUCUUGAGACCACUCUCAAGGCUGGUUACUUGUUUAUUGUUCCGAGGUUCUUCGUGGUCUCAAAGAUUGCCGAUGAUGAUGGCAUGGAGUGGUUCUCCAUUAUCACCACUCCUAAUCCCAUAUUCACCCAUAUGGCUGGGAGUACUUCUGUGUGGAAAGCUUUGUCUCCUAAAGUGCUUGAGGCUUCUUUCAAUGUUGAUCCAGAGUUAGAGAAUCUAUUCCGGUCGAAGAGGACUGCAGAUGCCAUCUUCUUCCCCCCUCCAAAUUAAGGAACUGGAUCUCGAUGUUUCUAUCUUCUAUAGUUUUACUACCUUCUUCAAUAAUGUAGGCCGCUCUGUAAGGCUUCUUUCAAUGUUGAUCUAGAGUAGAGAAUCUGAUUGUUGUAUAUUUGGCUAUAAUCCAGAGCAAGGUUUGAGAA